AUGUCGGUCAAAACAAGACUGAGCACAUCUCCUCUUGUUUCGGCUACUCUCCUCCGUCAAUCCGAUGGCGAAUCAACAGGUCCAAACGUCGCAGAGCCAGACCUGCUCUCUUCCUCUGUUAUCCGCAUCCGUUGCGCUGACUUUGCUAUCCUCAGCUCUGUUGCAAGAGCGUUUGAGGACCUCCUUUCUCGACCACCAAUCAGCAGUGUCAUCGUACGCCAAUCGGUUGAGUCCGAUGGUUUCUUCAAGCCCAUGGCCUGUCCCUUGGGAUUUGAGCUGACUUUCCUUUCCGCAACCUAUCCUGCGGCAUUUUCACGCUAA